AGAUUAUGUCGGUGUAACCACAGUGUGCCCCUUCCUCUCGAGUCGCUGUGUCAAGUUGCAGAGAUGGGUCUCCUCUCAGAUCCAAACCGCAGGCAGGUGUUGACAAACCUGCUCACCAGGAUGAACACGCCGCUGUGCUUCAUGUGCUACAUUGCUGGGGUCUCCUGGUUCAUGGGCCUGGCCUUUGAACCCUUUAUCCUGCAAACGUAUACAUCGGAAAAUGCCAUGGGCUCCACCAUGGUGGAUGAGAACUUUGUCUAUGGUGACAGGGCAUUGUCCUAUGCCCGGGAAUUCUCCGCCCAUGGGAAAAAGGCUGGGGAGAUGCCUGUGGAAUGGCUUGUGAAGACCAUGAGUGGCCUGGGGCUGGAGACCCACACUCAGACUUUCUCCCGAACUCUACCCUUCCCUGACGAGAUUCGGGAAAGAUAUAUGGUGAAAGGAACCAAUGUGUAUGGAAUUCUUCGUGCCUCAAGGGCAGCGAGUACAGAAUCAAUUGUACUGAGCACUCCAGUCGGUAUCAGACAGAACAGCCAAGCUGCCGGCCUGCUCCUGGCUCUGGCUUCCUACUUCCGAGGUCAGAUUCACUGGGCCAAGGACAUCAUCUUCCUUUUCAAUGAGCAUGACAUGAUUGGGAUGGAGGCUUGGCUUGAAGCAUACCAUGAUGUCAAUGUGACAGACAUUAACUCGUCAGUGAUGGAAGGCCGUGCUGGAGCUAUCCAGGCUGCCAUCACCAUUGAGAUCAGCAGUGAUGUAAUCACAAGCUUUGAUAUCAGCGUCGAGGGGCUGAAUGGUCAGCUGCCAAACCUGGACCUGGUGAACCUGUUCACAUCAUUCUGCCAGAAGAACGGAGUGCUGUGUACAAUUCAGGGAAAGUUACCCCGUCUGGACGGAGAGACUCUGGAGGGUUACAUCCACUCACUGCACACCAUGCUGCUGAUGGUGCUCAAACAGGGAUCUGGGAAAUCCCAGGGGGACCAUGGCCUCUUCCUGCGAUACCACAUUGAGGCAGUGACCAUCCGGGGCAUUAACAGCUUCCGCCAGUACAAGUUUGACAUGGUCACCGUUGGCAAAGUAUUUGAGGGCAUCGUGAGGAAGCUGAACAACCUGCUGGAAAAGCUGCAUCAGUCUUAUUUCUUCUACCUGCUGCCAUCUCUCUCACGCUUCGUAUCCAUUGGGUAUUACAUGCCAGCCUUUGGCUUCCUGAUCCUCAUCCUGCUGCUCAGAGCUCUCGACCUGUGGAUCCGACUGUCCAAGGUGGUGCCCGUCUGUGCCCAGGAUUGUGCUGCUGAGAAUGUCAGACCAAGCUUCCUGUCAAUCAUGACUCCAAUUUUCAUCUGCCAUGUCAUGGGUCUUGCCCUCUACUAUGUGCCACUCCUGUGCCAGGGAACAGCUACGGAGCAUUUCCCCAUCUCAGAGACUGAAGCAGUCGUGCUCACCUCUAUAGCCAUCUAUGUGGCUGGACUCGCUUUACCCCACAACACGCAGAGUGCCUUGCCUAUUGAGCAGGCUGCCCACAGCUGGAUGACGCUGAAGCUGAUUGCGAUUCUGUACCUGGCUUUGCUCCUGGGCUGUAUCACCUUGAUCAACUUCUCACUGGGUUUCAUUCUGGCUGUCACCCUGAUCCCAGCUGCUGCCCUUGCUCAGCCAGAACCCCAUAGGAUGCUCAACGCCCUAUUCCUCAUCCUGAUGUCUCCCGUCACUACCUUGCUGAUGUGCAUUUACCUGUACCACGAACUGGCAGAAUACCCCAUCACUUUGCUGGAAUGCUGGCAGCUCCUCCUGCAGGCUGUUGCUGAAUCUAUUCUCGACCACCACCUGUACAGCUCCAUUGUUUACCCCUUCGUUGUGUUCUUCAUCUACCCCAGCUGGCUCCUGCUGUGGAACGUGGUCUUCUGGAACUGACAGAGCACACACAUCUCCCUCCUUGGCCCCACCCAGUAAGACACACAUUCCCCCCCCCCCCCCCCCCCACACACACACACACACACACACACACACACACACAAAACCCCGGGUGACCUGGUUGAAGGCACUGAUGGGUCGGAGGGGCAACGGAAUUGAGGGUCUUUUAUUGAACAACACUACGUCUCAUUCUGGGGUUGGUGAGGUUUUAAUUUGACUGCAUGGGGAGACAGGGAAGGGGCCAGAGAAUAGGACAACAUGGGGUUGGGCGGGGGAGGGUUUGGAGGGACAAUUCACUUGGAGAGGUAAGAAAAAGUGUGGGAGCUGAGGAGGUUGUCCAUGUGAGGUGGCAGGUGAUUGGAUUACAAGAGGGAAUGGGUGGGUGAAAUGAGCUGGGGACUGAGGUCAGAUGGUGGUGUCACUGGGAAGAUAAGCCCCUUUUUUAUAGGGUCCUGUGGCAGAAUUGUAUCCCUGGCAGCAAGUGGGGCUCUUGAUAAAGUUGCUGAAUAAGGAAGUUUGUCAUGAUCGGGGGGAAAGCCAAAUAGAAUGGUUUUGUGAUAGAAUGAAACUUAGACACUUCUCCUUUUCAUCUACACCAAGUCUUUGUAUCACCGAAGAAUGUCACCACGAUGUUUAAACCCACCUCGGAUCCGGUCAAGAUUUUAGACCAUAUCCCAGCACCAAAUCCAGUGUUUUAAUGUAACUUCUAGAUGUUUGUAUUUGGGUUGAGUAAGGAGCUAUGGUCCAUGACCUUUAAGCAGUUCUUGCUCAGAUCAUUUCUCCCUGUACAUGUGCUAGUUCGAAGUCAGAAACACCUCUCAAUGAAAUUACUGAAUGCUUCUGUUUACAUUUGAGUGAGGAGCUGCCUCACUGCUGAGUUUAUAAUGUUGAAAAUUGUUCCUUGUGUAAAUAGUUGAUUGGAUUUUUAAAAAAAGGUGAGAAUAAAAACAUAAAUAUUUAUUUUGCAGGGAUUUCAGUUCUUUGUGCCAGUAUCAAAUAGCAUAAAAGAGCAUAAAAGAAAUUAAUAAUUUGCAUUUGUAUAGCUCCUGUUCUCUACUCUCAGGAUGUAUCGAAAUGUUUUACAGCCAGUGAACUGUUCUAUUCUGAAGUACAGUUAUUGUUGUUAUGCAGGAGAAAGAGCAUCCAAUUUGUACACAGCAAGUUCCCACAAAUAUUGUGAUAGAUAGACACAUCAUCUUUAUCAUUGAAGUUGUUAGAUGGAUAAAUAUUGAUCAUAGAUAUCAAGGAGAGCUCUGAUAUAAAAACAGAGAACUAUGAAUGCUGGAGAUUUGAAAUGAAUAACUGGCAAAACUCAGCAGGUCUGGCAACAUCUGUGUAGAGAGAAACAGAGUUAAUAUUUCAAGUCCAGUGACACUGCAUCAGGACUCCUGCAGUAUAUCCAGUAGUGGCUGCAGGGUUUUAUAUCGGCCGGGGGGUACAGAUGGGGCUUCUUUUAACAUUUUAGAAAUGUGGCACCCCUGAGAUUUCUAGACAUAAGAUUCCCCACAGUAUUGGAAGAGGAGCAGGGCCAGUCUUUGUCAUUUGUUGUUUGUGGGACCUUGCUGUGCUUAAGUCUGACAUCACUACAGUGGCUAGUGACGUCCUCGUGGACUGACAGAUCCAUACCCUCUCUAAAAUUAGUGUUGGGAGUCCCAUUUCAUCAGUGAUUCAAGAGGUAACUAAGUGAAUAAACAGAGCUGUAGAGAGGGAUUUAAAUGUAUAAAAAGGAAGAAAGGCCAAAGUGAAUAUGGGCUCUUUAGAAAAUGACAUUGGGGAAGUAAUAACAAGGAACCAGGAAAUGCAAUACAAUGAAGAUUGAUACAAAGUUGAGGACAAUAAUAGCAUUCAAACACUGCAAAAAAGGGCGCUAGUGUGAGAGUAUCUGGGAGAGUGGUAAUAGGAAAUAAAUGCAAUAACUAUCACUGAGAAAAUAUGCUAGAGAAACUAACGGGGCUAUGAAAAAUAAAAACAAAAGAACUGCAGAUGCGGGAAGUCUGAAACAAAAGCAGAAAUCACUGGAAAAUCUCAGCACCAUUUGUGCAGAGAAAUCAGAGUUAACAUGUUGGGUCCAGUGACCCUUCCUCAGACUGGGGUUACAGGCUGAUAGUCCCCUGGCCCUGAUGGAUUACAGCCCAGAAUUUUAAAGGAAGUAGUGACAGAGAUCGUGAAUGCACUGGGAGUAAUUCAUUGUCACAUGUAUUCAAUAUAAAAUAGUGAAAAGUUCAUACCAUCACCAUGCAUUGGUGCCAUUUCAUUAGCUUAAAACAAAAUAACUGAGAGUGUCCAAAUUUUCCUUCUCCGCUAAUACCAUCCACUUAUGACAUUACACUUCACCAGAUCCAAACUAGCCUGGUCCCUGGUUGGAUCCACAAUAUAUUCUUAUAGGAACCUGUUCCCAAAUACACUCGAUGAAUCCUGUGUUAUUGGCUUCCUUUACUAAUCUGACUAUCCCAAUCAAGGUUAAAGUCACCCAUAACUCAUGUACAGCCUGUGUUACAUGCCCUCAUUAUCUCCUCAGUUAUUCUGUAUCCCACUAUAUAGCUACUGUUAGAGGACCUAUAGACUACUCCUAUUAGUAUCUUUUAUUUUGUUAAACUACACCCAUGUGGAUUCUGCAUCUUCUGAGUCAAGAUAAUUUCAUUAUCAUACUUAUUCAAUCUUGUCUUAAGAAGGCUACCCCACCACCGUUUCCUUCCUGCUUGUCCUUCUGAAAGGCCACAUACCCGUGAAUAUGUGGUUCCCAGGUUUGAUCUCAUAACCAUGUCUCUCUAAUGGUUCAAUGAAGAGUCGCUGGUCUCCUAGUCCAGGAAGGACGUUCUUGCUAUUGAGGGAGUCCAGUGAAAGGUUCACCAGACUAAUUCCUGGGAUGGCAGGACUAACAGGAGGAAAGACUGGAUCGACUGGGCUUGUUUUCGGAUUUUAGGAGAAUGGCGGGGGCGGUGGAUCUCAUAGAAACAUAUAAAAUCCUGAUGGGAAUGGACAGGCUAGAUGUGGGAAGAAUGUUCCUGAUGUUGGGCAAGUCCAGAACUAGGGGUCACAGUCUAAGAAUAAGGGGUAAGCUAUUCAGGACUGGGAUGAGGAAGAAUUUCUUCACGUGGAGAAUUAUGAACCUGUGGAAUUCUUUCCCACAGGAAGCUGUUGGAGCCACUUCAUUCGAUAGAUUCAAGAGGGAGCUGGACAUGACCUGAAUGGUUAAAGGGAUGAAGGGGCUGGGGAGAGUGUUUUAGUACCUCAAGUGGCAGAGGGAAGUGGAUGAUCAGUUGACAUCAUAGUACACACAUUCCCAUCCAGAAUACACUGCACAGAACACAAAAUAUCAGCACAUUAUCCAUAGUAACUUAUAAAAUAAACUUUAUUUUCAUUUCUGUA